AUAGCCGGCAGCACCGGAGCGCCUUAGUCUACGCUCACUUGUGGUCGGGGGCGGGUGCGCUUCUAUUCAUGUCUUACAGUGAGUAAUAUACAUGUGAAUGUUGUCGAAAAAACUUUGACAAGUAAUUGAACAAGGUGAACUCGUUAUAUAAGUUUGUCUAACGUACGAACGGAAAGGCGGUAUAAUCAUCCCGAGAAAUUAUCGAUGUUUUAAUAAUAGUUUUAUGCAAUGUUAAUGAAAAGUUUUAAGACUGCGAUACUGGCAAGUGUUUUGACAUUGUUAGUGUACAUUAACGUAAGCCUAAACCUAGGCGAAUAUAAAGUACUGAGAAAUAAUGAGACAAAUGUUGAAAAAUUGGAGGGAAGGAAGGUGCAGGACCUAUCAAACAAUGUCUCAAAGGCCGUCACGUGGACCAGAGACCCAGAAGACAACUUCCCAAUAGCUCAAAAACGCUCUAAGCCAUCUCAAGACGUAGGCCUAGGGCUUAGUAAGCCUACUAAUAUGAUCUUAGAGAGGUCCCUAGCUGCCUCCGACCCGCCGGGGGGGAGAAGGGACGACCCGGUGUUCCCCAACGCCACCAACUGCUCCCGAAGAGACUACAACUCUGCCAUACAGAACCACAGAGGCCCCAGCAACCCGACCCGGGACCUGUACCCGUGUCGGGUGUGGCGGGUCGUCGACCCCCACCACGACCCCCGCUGGCCUGACCUCGUCCUCCCCACUAAUGGCUCUGUCCUCCACACCCUUACCCUCCACCACCACGACCCUGAGAUUGAGAGGCUGAUAUCUGAGCAAAUGGCGGUGCAGAAGGAGCGUGUUGGGCGGCUGACGGAGACCUGCCUGAGACACCCUGAAGCAGCCACCCGCCAGUACAUCAACCUGGUGUGGGAUGUGUCCAGGACGCCUCCUCUCGUCUACUGUCCUAUUUAUAAGGUGGCGUCGACGACGUGGAUGGUGUACUUCCUGCGUCUGGCCCACGUCAACGACAACAACGCCGCCCUGCACAAGUACAAGUCCAGAAGCAGAGACAGGAAGAAGUACAUGCCCCGUUUUGGUGGGGGCCACCGGAGGGUGUUCGAGGAGUACAAGGCCCCCAAGACGGCCCAGAAGAAGAGUGAAGUCUUCCGUCAGUCCCUUCGCUUCAUCGUUGUCCGCCAUCCCUUCGCCAGAUUGCUGUCUGCGUACAGGGACAAAAUUGAGAAUCCGAAACCCAAGCCGUUUGUGCCAUACUUCCUGGAUCUCCAACGGGCCAUCAUGCUCAAGUACAGAGUGGCCAACACUAAUGUUAAUUCGACAUCUCCAACUUUCUCAGAGUUUGUCAACUAUGUUAUCGACUCAACUGAGAACCUGAAGACUGCCAAGCAGUGGUAUGAAGAAGUAGUGUGCUGGACGCCAUACUGGGUGCAGUGUGGGGUCUGUAGCUCGGACUACCAGCUGGUGAUAAAGCUGGAGACGAUGGUUGCUGAUGAACAGUUUCUGGCACACGUGGCAGAUCUCAAGGAAAUUCAGAAUGUUCAUGAAUGGAGAAAUUUGAAGAGAGAUCAAGCGUCAACGGCUGUUCUUCCUGAUUACUUUAAGAGCUUAACAAAAAGACAAAUUUGGUUGCUCUAUGAUAGAUUUAAACUAGAUUUUGAUCUUUUUGGGUAUUCAAUUGAUGAAUACCUUGACUAUGUAAUGCAGUGAACAUAUCCGUAGCCUACAGGCUACUCAUGCCCGUGCCACCUCUUGUGAUGGCUUAAUCUUCAAUCAAGGAAUCACUCAGUGACCGGCAUCACUCACCACCGCUUCACGAGACUACGUGUCCAGUGUACCUCGUUAUAUGGCACAUUAAUACAUGUCAAAAUAUUCAUGCAUCGAAAACUGCUUCCAUAUCGCAAACUUGCUCACUACCACUUCUCGUCUACAGUUACUACACCCAUUAUGUUAUCAUCUCUAAUAGCCAUUAUGACAGAUUGUUGCCCUUGCAGGUAAAUUCAUGUACAGAAUUAAUACGGCCUGGUCGAGGACCGGGCCGCGGGGACGCUGAGCCUCGAAAUCAUCUCAAAGUAACUUCAAGAUAACCUCAAGGUGGGCAUGAUUAAUGUGAGGGUGAAUGAUCCACACUCGUGUGUGAGGAAGUGCUUGCAACUGCCAGCAAGUGUGCAGCUUCUGUGUUCUCGGGUCGAUUAUGUAGGUGUGUGCUCACAUGUGAGUGUCUGUCUCCUGUUGGUUUACAUUAUCUUCCUCACAAAUUCUCUGACACAAUUAAGGUUGUAACAAUCACACCUGUUUAUAAGAAUAAAGUCUCACAUUAAAUAUUAAAAGAU